AUGUGGGGAGCGACGAGGUCAGUGGCGAUUGGGGCCGUCGUCGCCGUUGGAAGGGCCGAUCGAGAGUGGACGAAAAGGACGCCCAGACGAGCGACAGAAGCGACGCUCCCAAUGCGAGUGUGGGUGCACACUGGCCGUCGCUCUCCAAAGUGGGCGUCGCAUUGGGAUGGGCGCCUGUUCACUGCACUGUGCGAAUGUGAGAGCGCGACAAGCGAUGAGAGUGCACAGUGCGAUAAAGAGAAUGCGAGUGGGGAUGGCUGUGAGAGCGAUGGGCCUGCAUUGUGCGAGUCUUGUGGCCAGCGACAGGCCAAAAGUGCGAGUCAUUCUGGAGAUGGAUUGCAUGCAAAUUGA